GCUUGUCGUCGAGCGGCCGACGGGUGGCGGCGCGACGAUCUCCGUCCGCUUGCGCCCGUCAAGCGGCGGCGAGCAGCGGAGGAGGCUCAUGGAGGCGACGCUUGCGCUUGAGCUAUCGCAGGCGUACCCCGAGUCCGCGGCGGUAUGUCGCCUCUCGCGCUCCCGCGGCAUGGUCGGCGACGAAGAGGCAGCGCUCCUCGCCGCUCUCACCGCGCUCGCCGCGGAGGCGGCGUCGAGCGGCGAGUCGUGUGUGUAUGCGCUUGUCGAGGCGGCGAUCGAGAAGCUCACCGAGCUGAACGCCGGGGGAGACUGCCCAAUCUGCCGCGACGACCUGUUUCCGCGUGGCGCGGCGCCGCCGCCGCCGACCUACGUCUCUGCCUGCUUCCACUCCUUCCACUGUCCUCUCUGUUGUCGGCGAGCCGAGCUGCCUGGCGGCUGAGGUGGCAUGCUCAGAGCAGAGGCCACGAGUAGGCGUCUGUCUCGGCGCCUGGUGGCUCGCCGCGCCGGCGCCAAAGGCGGACGCCGCCGCCCUGCCGUCGGCGGCGCAGCGGCACGCGUCGGCUGCGCGCGCUGCGGAGGCGGACGCGCGGCAGCUGAGCGCGAAGCUCGCCGCCGCCGCCGCCGCCGCUGAGGCGCUCUCCUCCCGCCUUGCGCAGCUCUGCUCGCUCGACCCGCCGCCGCCGCCCGGCGCAGUGCGCAAGGUGGAGGAGGAGGCGAAGGCGGCCGAGGCGGCUCGUGCUGCCCUCG